GUGCAGGCUGAUGAUCAAAGAUUCCCCAUUUACUUUUACAUAGUUCCCCUUUUGCUUUAUGAAAAUCAAAAGAACCUAUUUUAUCACUUUCCUCCUUCUGAUUAUCGCAAAAUAAUCAGUUAACUUAAAGCUUAAGUUUGUAGAUGCAUGGGCUUGAUGGUUACCUGCUAUAUAUGAUGCAAAUCCUUUCUAGGCCAAACUCAGAAUUAAACAGGGAAAUAUUGUAUAAUCAUAAUGGAAUUAUCAACUGCUGCAAAGGAAGCUGAAGGCAUAAGUUUGCAACUCCUUGUGGACAAUCAUUCAAACAGGGUGUUAUAUGCAGAGACAGGGAAGGCUUUCGUGGACCUCCUUUUUGGUUUCCUACAGAUACCUUUGGGUUCCAUUGUUGGAAUUCUUCAAGAAAAUCACAUGAAUGUGUCUGGUUCCUUUGGUAGAUUGUUUGGGAGUGUAAAAGAGCUGGAACCCACUUAUUUCCAAUCGCAAACAGUUAAAGAAUCUCUCUUGAAACCUGAGGUGGCCUCAGCCUCUCUUGCCCAUCCACUUCUCCAAAACUUUGCUACUCCAAAACAACUGAAGUCCGAAACUAUUACUACUCCAUCCUUCAGGAAAGGGAUUGUACAGGCUCCUUCAAGUUCAAAUCGAGCAGAGGCAGGGAAGGAAGUGAUAGGGCUUGUCAAAGAAGGUGAAACAAAGUUUAUUGUGAUGGAUGAUUUAAGGGUGUUCCCACUGUCUAGUAUUUUUCUUGUUGAUCUCCUCAACAAAUUCAAUGUCAAUGAUGCUAGCUUUUGGGAGGUCAAGAUUAAUCUCGAGGAGUGCUUGGAGUUAGUGAAGGCCUCGAUGAAGUCUGAUGCAGUUCUCACAGAUGUGUUCAUUGGAAACAAAUCCCCAAGAAAAGAAACUAAAAUCAUCACUAUUUGAAGGAAGCAGAUCUAUCCAUCUAUUUAUUUUGAAAGAUGCUUUGUUUUUGUUUCAAUUCAAAGGGAGGUGGCAGAGUCCUAUAUAUAUAUAUUCCUUCGUUUGCAAGGAAUUGCCCCUA